GUGGUGGUGUCUGUAAAUUCCUAACUCAUAUUUUCCCCUUCUUCUUCUUCUUCUUCAUCUUCCUCUUAACCUUUGCAUACACAUCUCUUAUCUAUAUCUAUAUAUCUCUAUAUCUACACACCUAACAAAAAAAAUGAUCUUUUAAUUUCAAUUUCAUAUGUCUUCUCAAUCUCAACAACCUUCAAACACCAACCGCAAACGCUCAUCUACAACCACCUUCUCACCACCAUCACCAUCAUCCACCACCACUGCCGGCGGCGGAGCUCCACCUCACUUUCCGGCGAUGAAAAAAGCGAAAUCCCAAGGCGUAUCUUCUUGCUCUUUUGACAAUAAAAACGGAUUUCAAUUUGAUAAUAAUAAUAAUAAUUCUUCAGAUAGUUCAAUGAUUGAAGAUCCAAGUGAGCAUACAUCUUCCGGCGGUGGAUUUACUCCAAAUUUAGGCCGGAAAAAAGCUACUCCUCCUCAACCUGCUAAAAAACUCGUUAUCAAGCUUGUUAAAGCCAAGCCGACCUUGCCGACGAAUUUUGAGGAGAAUACAUGGGCAAUCUUGAAGUCAGCAAUUAGUGCCAUAUUCUUGAAGCAGCCAGAUCCUUGUGAUUUGGAGAAGCUUUAUCAAGCCGUCAAUGAUCUAUGCAUCCACAAGAUGGGGGGAAGUCUUUACCAACGUAUUGAGAGGGAUUGUGAAGCUCACAUAUCUGCUGCUUUACAAUCAUUAGUUGGCCAAAGUGAAGACCUUGUGGUUUUCUUAUCACUUGUGCAGAAAACUUGGCAAGAUUUUUGUGACCAGAUGUUGAUGAUCCGCAGUAUUGCGUUGUUUCUUGACCGUACAUAUGUGAAACAAGCCCCAGCUGUGCGAUCACUUUGGGACAUGGGCCUUCAACUUUUCCGGAAGCAUCUAUCACUAGCUUCAGAAGUCGAGCACAAAACAGUUUUUGGUCUGCUGAAAAUGAUAGAGAGUGAGAGAUUAGGUGAAGCAGUUGAUAGAACACUCCUUAACCAUCUCCUGAAGAUGUUUACUGCAUUGGGUAUUUAUUCUGAGAGUUUUGAGAAGCCGUUCCUUGAAUGUACCUCAGAAUUCUAUGCCGCUGAAGGAGUAAAAUAUAUGCAACACUCUGACGUUCCAGACUAUUUGAAACAUGUGGAGGUAAGGUUGCAUGAAGAACACGACAGAUGUCUUCUGUAUCUCGAUGCCAGUACAAGAAAACCAUUGGUAGCAACCGCUGAAAGGCAACUUCUUGAGCUCCAUAUUUCUGCUAUACUUGAUAAGGGUUUCACAAUGUUAAUGGAUGGUAAUCGAAGUCAAGAUCUUCGAAGGAUGUAUACACUUUUCUCUAGGGUAAGUGCCCUUGAAUCCUUACGGCAUGCCCUUAGCUCAUACAUCCGAAAGACAGGGCAGAGCAUUGUAACCGAUGAAGAGAAGGAGAAGGAUAUGGUGUCCUCACUAUUAGAAUUCAAGAUGUCACUUGAUAAAAUAUGGGAAGAAAGCUUCUCAAAGAACGAUGUUUUUUCCAAUACAAUCAAAGAGGCUUUUGAACAUCUUGUUAAUCUCCGCCAAAAUCGUCCUGCUGAGUUGAUUGCAAAGUUUUUGGAUGAGAAACUCCGUGCUGGAAAUAAGGGUACAUCUGAGGAAGAGUUGGAGGGAACUCUUGAUAAAGUCUUGGUUCUGUUCAGAUUUAUACAGGGUAAGGAUGUGUUUGAAGCCUUCUAUAAAAAGGAUCUUGCAAAAAGGCUUCUUUUGGGCAAGAGUGCUUCUAUUGAUGCUGAAAAGUCUAUGAUCUCCAAGUUGAAAACCGAGUGUGGUAGCCAGUUCACCAACAAGCUUGAAGGAAUGUUUAAGGACAUUGAGCUAUCAAAGGAGAUAAAUGAAUCUUUCAAGCAAUCAUCUCAAGCUAGGACAAAACUUCCGUCAGGAAUUGAACUGAGUGUCCAUGUUUUAACAACUGGGUACUGGCCAACUUAUGCACCGAUGGAUGUCCGCCUUCCCCACGAACUGAAUGUUUAUCAGGAUAUUUUUAAAGAAUUCUACUUGAGCAAAUAUAGUGGUAGGCGAUUAAUGUGGCAAAAUUCAUUAGGUCACUGUGUCUUGAAAGCAGAGUUCCCAAAGGGCAAAAAAGAGCUGGCAGUUUCUCUAUUUCAGACCGUUGUUUUGAUGCUGUUCAAUGAUGCACAAAAUCUUAGUUUUCAAGAUAUUAAGGAUGCUACAAGCAUUGAGGACAAGGAACUGAGAAGAACUUUGCAGUCCCUUGCAUGUGGGAAAGUCCGUGUCCUCCAAAAGAUACCGAAAGGUAGAGAUGUGGAUGAUGGCGACAUGUUCAUGUUCAAUGAUGUUUUUACAGCUCCUCUGUAUCGUAUAAAGGUUAAUGCUAUCCAGUUAAAGGAAACUGUGGAAGAAAAUGCAAGCACUACAGAGAGAGUAUUCCAAGAUCGUCAAUAUCAGGUUGACGCUGCAAUUGUUCGGAUAAUGAAAACUAGGAAAAUUCUGAGUCACACACUUCUGAUAACUGAACUCUUUCAGCAGCUGAAGUUUCCUAUAAAACCGGUUGACUUGAAGAAGAGGAUUGAAAGCCUGAUUGACAGGGAGUAUCUGGAAAGAGACAAGACCAACCCUCAGAUAUACAAUUACCUAGCAUGAACAUCAAUCAAGUAUGUUCAAUUGCUGGUACACGGCAUAGAAAAUGGAUUAUUCAAGGCUUCCUUGUCAGUUAUGUAUAGUGAUAGCUUUUGUUUUAUUGUAAAUCCUAAUUUGUCUGUUUUUAAGUUUUUAUUGUAGUAUUGUUAAAGACCCUUACAGUCAACACCAGAGAGUAAGUUAAUUUUUUUUCAAACAUAUGCUUUAUAUAGUGCGGAUUUACCAAUUA